AUGUUGUGUUUCUACAACCUUCAACAAACAAUUGAUAACGGUCUUGGUGGCUUAUUCGAAAGGCAUGGUAAAUUCAUUGCACGACACCCUUGGAAGACGGUUAUCCUUGUUUGUAUUAUUGAUAUUGCUUUUGGUAUUGGAAUCUUGAAGUUGAAACCAGAAUCUGGUAUUCAUCAGUAUGUUCCAACGGAUAGUACUGCAAGAGAAUCAUUUGAUCUGUCGCGAAAAUGGGAAGAAAAAUUUGUCGAAAGAAUGUCAUCAUUUACAAAUAGUGAUAUAACGGUCAAAUAUUCCUAUUCUAAUAGUUUAAGUGCAGAAUUAAGCAAAAAUGUAACUGGUGAUAUCUCAGUGUUUUCAGUAACUUUUUCCCUAAUGAUCGUUUUUGCGUGUUUUGCUCUGAUGGGAACUAACUGUGUUGAUAACCGAUACUACUUAGGUUUGGCUGGAGUUUUAUCAACAUGUUUGGCAAUUCUGGCGGCAUUUGGUCUUGUGAGUGCUUGUGGAGCAGAGUUUGUAGACAUUGUUGGAAUAAUGCCAUUUUUAAUAUUAGGAAUUGGCGUUGACGAUAUGUUUAUUCUGCUAUCUUGUUUGGCUGACACAAACUGUAAGGAUAGUAUAGAAAACCGUAUUGGCACAACGUUGAAACAUGGCGGAACAGCAAUCACUAUUACAUCUCUAACGGACAUCAUUGCGUUUUGUGCAGGAGCAGCAUCAGUGUUCCCAAGUGUGCGAAAUUUUUCCUGGUAUACUGGGUGUGCUGUGCUAUUUUGUUACAUAAACUAUAUGACAUUAUACAUUGGCAUAAUGACAAUCAACGAAAAUCGUGUUUCAAAAAAACUGCAUUGGUUUACAUGCUGCAAGACUGAAUCACGAGAGUCCCUGAAGGCAGAUGGUAAAUCGAAGACAUUUAUAUGGUUUUGUGGUGGUGCACCGCGAACAACAAGAGAGGAAGUAGAAGGUCCUAUUGAAAAAUACCCAAAAAAAAUUAUAAAAAAAAUUAUUUUUAAUACGCCAGCAAAAGUGAUAAUCAUAGUUUUAUUUCUAGCAUACUUAGGAGUCUCGUCAUGGGGAGCAAGAAAUUUUCGUGAAGACCUUGAUCUCAGGAAUUUAGUUUCUAAAGAUUCCUACCAUUAUAAAUUUUACGAUACAAACAUAAGACAUUUCAGCCAGAGCUUCUUUGUGUCCUUCAAUAUUAGAUCAGAAACUGAUUAUAGACUUGAAUCAAAUGUUUUUAAUAUCAUUUCCUUAUUGAAAAAGGCUAGAGAUGAUAAAGACAUUGUCGAUAACUUUCGGCUGUCCUGGUUAGAUUCGUAUAUGAAAUCUUCAGAUUUUAAUGAUACGACGCAUUCAGAUUUCAUUCUGGGACUCCAGAAGUUUUUAAAAACUAACUCUGGCAAUAUGUUCGUCAAUGAUGUACUGAUUGAAGGAUCUUCAAUUACUGCAUCCCGAUUUCAUGUUCUUAGUAACAGUCUAACUGAGUCAAGUAACCAAGCUUCCCUAAUGAUUCGUUUACGAGAUUUAACAAAUUCAUCACCUUUGCCAGUUUUUGUUUUUUCACCAACUUUUAUCUUUUUUGAGCAGUAUGUACAAAUUGUUCCUCAGACAAUACAGACUUUGGCUAUAGCGGUAUCCGUUGUGUUUUUAGUAACUGCAGUAUUUAUGCCUUUGCCUGUUUUAAUAAUUUUGGUGACGAUAUCUGUUUCUAUGAUCAUGGUAGGAGUUAUUGGUCUAAUGGAAAUAUGGGGUUUGACUUUAAGUUCUGUGACAAUGAUCCAUAUUGUCAUGUGUGUAGGAUUUUCGGUCGAUUUCAGUGCCCAUAUUUGCCAUGCAUAUGCACAUUGUCCAGGAGAAGACAGACAUUUUAGAGUUUCUACUGCUAUGGAUAUGGCUGGAGGUCCUAUAUUAAAUGGGGCACUUUCCUCAUUAAUUGGUAUAGUUGUUCUUGCUUUUUCGAAAUCAUACAUUUUCUUUUCGUUUUUCAAAGUAAUGUUUAUUGUUCUGGUUGCAGGUGCCAUGCAUGCUAUAUUUCUUCUACCUGUACUGCUUUGUUUGAUAGGCCCCAUUUAUGGCCCACCAGUGACUAAUCCAGAAAUUAACAGAGUUGUUGAACCAACUGGUCACAAAACACAAGUGGACAGAAAAAAAUCUGGCAAGGAAAGUAAUGAUACUGAAAAUGAUAAGUAUAAUGAUCUUAUGAGCUAUAAAAUGAACUCAAUACCAAGGUUAUCAGCAGCAAAUAUUAGAGAAUUAACGUGA